CAUCGAUCCCCUUCUCCAGAAUUCUCCACCUUCUUUUCCUUUCUUCUUUGGUUUCACCUUUUUUCUACUCUCCUCUGGAAAUUUCUUCAUAAUUCCAAUCCCUUAUAUAUAACUUUGUUCCCCACCCAAUCUCUAACCAGAACAAGUUCCUCAAAGCAUUCGACUAAAGCUCACAGAAAUCUCUCCAAACUCAAUCAAACUAUCAGUUUUCUACUUUUCUUGUCUUCUUUUUCUUCAACAAAUGGCGGCCAAAGCUGAAGGCAAGGCAAUUGGGAUUGAUCUCGGGACGACAUACAGCUGUGUUGGGGUGUGGCAAAACGACCGCGUGGAGAUUAUAGCCAAUGACCAAGGCAACAGAACCACGCCUUCUUACGUUGCUUUCACUGACACCGAGCGGCUCAUUGGCGAUGCGGCCAAAAACCAAGUCGCCAUGAACCCUCAGAACACUGUUUUCGAUGCUAAACGUCUCAUUGGUCGUCGUUUCUCUGACCCUUCAGUGCAAAGCGACAUGAAGCAUUGGCCUUUCAAGGUCAUCGCUGGCCCUGGUGAUAAGCCAAUGAUUGUGGUUACAUACAAGGGUGAAGAGAAACAGUUCGCCGCUGAAGAAAUUUCUUCUAUGGUGUUGAUCAAGAUGAAGGAGGUUGCCGAGGCUUAUUUGGGCCAAACCGUGAAAAAUGCGGUUAUCACAGUUCCUGCUUAUUUCAAUGACUCCCAAAGACAGGCUACAAAGGACGCUGGAGCGAUUGCAGGGCUUAAUGUUAUGAGGAUUAUCAAUGAGCCAACGGCUGCUGCAAUUGCUUAUGGUUUGGACAAGAAAGCUUCAAGGUCUGGCGAGAAAAACGUUUUGAUUUUUGAUCUCGGAGGGGGUACCUUUGAUGUUUCAUUGUUGACGAUUGAGGAAGGGAUUUUUGAAGUUAAGGCUACUGCUGGAGAUACUCAUCUUGGAGGUGAGGACUUUGACAACAGGCUGGUCAACCAUUUUGUUCAGGAAUUCAAGAGGAAGCAUAAGAAGGAUAUUAGUAGCAAUGCAAGGGCUUUGAGGCGGCUGAGGACUGCGUGUGAGAGGGCAAAAAGGACUCUUUCUUCGACUACUCAAACUACCAUUGAGAUUGAUUCGCUCUAUGAAGGUAUUGAUUUCUAUUCUACUAUUACAAGAGCGAGGUUUGAGGAGUUGAACAUGGAUUUAUUUAGGAAGUGUAUGGAGCCUGUUGAGAAAUGUCUUCGAGACUCCAAGAUUGAUAAGAGUAAGGUUGAUGAGGUUGUUCUUGUUGGUGGGUCGACAAGGAUUCCUAAAGUUCAGCAACUUUUGCAAGAUUUCUUCAAUGGCAAGGAACUUUGCAAGAGCAUAAAUCCUGAUGAAGCAGUUGCUUAUGGAGCUGCUGUUCAGGCGGCUAUUUUGACCGGUGAAGGGAAUGAAAAGGUCCAAGAGUUGCUUCUUCUUGAUGUCACGCCUCUUAGCCUUGGUAUUGAGACUGCUGGUGGUGUAAUGACAGUCUUGAUUCCAAGGAACACAACGAUUCCCACCAAGAAAGAGCAGAUUUUCUCAACGUAUUCUGAUAAUCAGCCUGGAGUGUUGAUUCAAGUAUAUGAAGGUGAAAGGGCUAGAACCAAGGACAACAAUUUGCUUGGCAAAUUCGAGCUUACAGGCAUCCCACCGGCACCAAGAGGUGUUCCUCAGAUCAAUGUCUGCUUCGACAUUGAUGCAAAUGGCAUCUUGAAUGUUUCUGCUGAGGAUAAGACUGCAGGAGUGAAGAAUAAGAUCACAAUUACCAAUGACAAGGGAAGACUGAGCAAGGAAGAAAUAGAAAGAAUGGUGCAAGAAGCAGAGAGAUACAAGGCAGAGGAUGAGGAUGUGAAGAAGAAGGUGGAGGCGAAGAAUGCCCUUGAGAACUACGCGUACAGUAUGAGGAACACCGUGAAAGAUGAGAAGUUUGCUGGAAAACUAGACCCCGCAGACAAGCAGAAGAUCGAGAAGGCCAUUGAUGAGACUAUUGAAUGGCUUGACAGGAACCAAUUGGCAGAAGUUGAUGAAUUUGAGGACAAGUUGAAGGGAUUGGAGGGGUUAUGCAAUCCAAUCAUUUCAAAGAUGUAUCAAGGCGGUGGUGGAGAUGUGCCAAUGGGUGGUGCUGAGAUGCCGAAGCACGGCGGAUACAGCAAAGCCGGGUCUAGUGGUACUGGUACUGGACCAAAGAUUGAGGAAGUGGAUUAAGUCUCUCAUCAUUGGGAUUUUAUAGGAUGUUCUGCAUAUGAAAUUCGCAAGUGUUGCCUCUGUUUUUGCUCUGUUUUUUUGCCUGAGUGGUACUUAUGUAAUGUACUAGGUGUGGUUUGAGAGUGAUAAAAUGAAAACUUUGUACAUAUAAAUUGUUCAAACAUAACAAUGAAAUAAAAAGCUUUCGCUCCAACAUUCUAA